UUCUCGUCCCCAGAAGGUGCUCUAUUCUCUGGCAAAUCCUGUGUCCCCCUGAAACAUGCAAAGGAUUCAGGAUAUGUUGGGGUAUGAAAGGCUGACACAGCUCUUGCCCACCAUGAAACUGGAUGGCCGAGUCAUUACAGCUAUCCUCUGUGGCUGUGGAGCUGGCAUCCUGCUGCGGAAAUGGCUCUUAAGGAGACAACUUCGGAAGAAGAUUGCCAAGGCCCAGGAGCAGAGAGCACGUUUGCUGGAGGAGAUGAAGUCUGCAGUGCGCCACUUCAAGCAUAAGCAUGCAGAUAUCCAGACUGAGUCCAUCCUCUCUCUGUCACUGCUGGAACUGAGUGAGAAGCUCCAGGAAGGUGCCUUGAGCCCAGAAAAUGUCCUCUACACCUGCAUGGAGCACGUAAGGGUCAUGUGA